CAAGAUUCUUCUGGCCAUAUGCGAACGAGUGCCGAGUGACGUCAUGUUUUGAUCCGCGCGAAUCCGGAUCGACGGCCACGAACGACAUCAGAGGCCGACCAAGUCCCUUUCCUUCGACACAACCAUGAUCCCCAUACACUGUUUAGGGAGAUGUCCCCUAUGGAGACCAGUAAUGAGGUUAAAUAUCCCAGAACUUUCUUCUAGACCUCAUUCAUGUAAAGGAGUGCAUGUAUUAGUGCCUAGGUUUCUUCAAACAUCUGCAAACUGGAGGUUCAAAGAAGACAAUAAAACGACUGCCUUGGCUGUGUUGGAUAAUGUCAAGCAGGUACGAUAUUCUCCAACCCCAGCUCUGGUCCUUGGUUUUUCAGGCUUGAUACCCUUUGUUGCAGCCCCUCUUUACAUAGCAUCGUCAGGAGUUUUCAUGCCUGAAGUGGCUGAGGCACAGUUGUUCUACGGGGCUUCCAUCCUUUCCUUCCUUGGUGGUGUGCGGUGGGGACUGACUCUCCCCAAGGAGAGUGCUCAGCCCCCAGGUUGGUAUAACUUAAGCUACAGUGUCACCCCAUCACUCAUAGCUGUGUCAGGACUUCUGAUGCCACAGACCAUGGGGACAUUGACCAUUAUUGGUGGCCUGGGGUUUGCUGGGUACAUGGACCUUGCCAUGUGGGGUUACCCGACCUGGUUCAAAGGACUAAGGUUUUGCCUGACCUUUGUAGCAGUGCUUUCUCUUUGGUCAAGUUUGAUGUUCAAAUUUGUGCUGGAUGAGGCUAACACCAAGACUAAAGAAGAUAGUAAAGUAGAUAGCAAUGUAUCAUAGAUGAUUAUAUAGGAAGUGCUUAUUCAUAGAAAAAAUGAAAAUGUAUGUAUAAAUAUGUAUAUUCUGUACA